ACGGACACGAACGAACGGAGGAGUCAGACAGACGGAGGCACGCGGAGAGACACGGGCGCACGGACGGGCAGAGGCAUGCAGUCUCCAAGAGACGGUCGAGGCAAACAGACCGAUCGAGGCAGACGGACGUCCUUUUGGCCUCUGUCUCAAGCUGCUAUAAAUACAAAAUGUACAGAACAUGUGGAGGAUCUUUUUGAGCUGGGUUAUAGACCAAAAUACUUGGCCAAAGAAGGUGUUGAAGGAAAACGCCACACUGGCCAAGGCCCAUUUGAAGGAGGGCAUUGGGCUGCUGCUGGAGCACUCACUGCUCCAAUGAAAAUUCGCAUCACACAUCUGGCUGUUCCACGGCGACAUUAUUCUAGGUGUACUAAAAAAUAUCAUGGGUAUAAAUUAAGUGAGAAGCAGCGGAAAAUAUUGGAUGUCUAUAUUGACAAUGCUACAAAAACCGUCUACUACCUUCCCAAAAAGAAGAAAGUGGUUAAACCUAAAAAGCGCCCCAAAACAGAAGGUGUAGGAUUCAAAUGGCCAAAGCCAAAACCAAAAGGUAAAAAGCCUCCAAGACAGAUAGACAUGGAACGAUUAACAAAAUUGGCUGUUCCAAGGCCAAUUCCUCCUCCUCCGGAUAUAAAUAGAGGUGAAAAGGUGACAAUAGAAGAACUAGGAGAUGGACUAUCACGACUAGCCACACCACCACGACGAAUGAAAGUCAAGAAGGUUAAUUUUGAUAAAAUCUACCAGGUGAAGAGAGGAGCAUUAGAAUACACUAUAUCAGACAGAGUUGCAGAAAUAGCUCAACCUAAACCGUAUUUUGGACCACCUCCAUUUAAACCAUUCAUUGUAUCUCGAGCUGCCUUACAUUAUCAAGCGUCAGAACGUGUGAACAAGAUUGCUACACCGCGUGAGCGUAAAGGACCACCCACUGAUGAUUUGAAGGAGGAUCCAUUUACAGUGCUGCCCAUUGCACUGAAAGCUAUGUGCACUCCAAGGACAGCUGAGUUAGCUCAGCCUCGUGUACGCAAGUAAUAUCUUGUCCCUGCCCUGAAAAAAUAAAUAUGCAAAAAAUAAAAAAGUUUAUAUUUUGUA